AGAACACUUGUUUCAGUGAUUCAGAAGUUCAGGUGGGGUGCCAACCCUCUUCCCUCCACCUCGAGCCCGCCAUGCGCACGAGACGAGGUCCAUGCCCGCAGCCGAGCCGGCGGAGAGCGCGGUCGAUGAGCGGCGGGGCACUUUUCGCGGACGGCAUGCAGGGAGCCGCCGCCCGGCCGGACCAUCCCAGAUCCGGCCGCCGCCGAUUUGGGGGGCGGCGGCGCGGUGAGGCCCGAACAAGGUGACACUUUCUUCCCCCACAUAGUCGCCGCAAUGUUCAUCUCGAAUCGAAGCCCUCCGUUGAAAUCCGGGUGGCUAAUUUGAUGGUUUGAGUGUCGGAGUUCGAUUCGAUUUGGUUCAAGAAUCCUUCUCUGGAUCCAGUCCGGCCGGAAACCUGCUUGUUCACUUCCCGUCGGUUCUUGGCGGCUCCGAUUGCUACUCUACUCCGACUGCGACACAGCCAUGGCAGGUAGGUAGAGUCAGCUACAGAUCCCGGCCAUGAUCCAUCGACGCAGACACGCAGUUAUAUACUGCAGGCAGGUAGGUAGUCUAGUCACGAGGCAGAGAAAAGCAGAGGGGCAGGCAUCGUCUCGCUCUCGCCGCCGAGCAACGACAAGGUUUCGAGCGAUUCUUUUCGGCGUCCGGCGUCCGUCAUGGCCCUCCGGCUCGCCCAAUCCAAGGCUGCAAUGCAUCUGGCAAGGCGUGGGCUGGCGCAUGUGAUUUGCAACGCGCCGGCUUCUUUCAGGGCAAAUGCAGCUACCGGCGCAGGUAGCAUUGUUCGUCGCCUGCACUCUGGUGCUGCUUCUCGUCUCAGAGACCUCAACAGAAUGGGCCUGCAUUCUGGUGCCGCUUCUUGUCUCACACACCUGAACAGAAGGGGCCUGCACUCUGGCGCUGCUUCUCGUCUCACAGACCUCAACAGCAGUGAUUUAGAAAGAGUUAUAUACAACUUCGAAAGCCAGCCUUCGCUCUAUUCCAAACCUUCAGCUCUCUCAGAGUAUGUAAAGGCCCUCGUCAGCCUCGAGAUGCAAACUCAAGGGGUGGAGGGUAGCCAGCUCCUGUCGAAGGAUGGUGCUCUGGGCACAGCUACUGCACCGCUCCACAUGGUUACGAUGGAGAAGGGCAAGAUAUGGAAACUGCUCUGGCCCACCUUCGGGACCAUCGUUGCUGCCGGUCUAGCUACUGGCCUUGCGACCUAUGGCGGUAAGGCUCUUGGUGACAAGGUGUCUGAGAAGGUAACUGAGGCUGCUGAUCAGGGCCUUGUAGUCUUUGCCGGCAAGAUUCCGUCUGAGCUCUUGGGCGAACUGGAAGACGAGUACAGUGGUGUCGAAGAAGCAGGUGGUAAGUUCAGUGGUCAGAAAACAAAAGCUGGUAAUUUUGGCAGUUUGAAAGAGGUAACCUCGACCACCACGAAAUUCCGUGAUGUAAAGGGGGCUGACGAAGCCAAAGCUGACCUCGAGGACAUUGCUCACUACCUACGAGAUCCCAAGCGUUUCACGCGCCUUGGUGCCAAGCUUCCAAAGGGUGUUCUGCUCGUGGGCCCACCUGGCACAGGGAAGACCAUGUUAGCGAGGGCGUUGGCCGGGGAAACCGGCGUCCCGUUCUUCGCGUGCAGCGGCAGCGAGUUCGAGGACAAGUAUUAUGGUGUUGCCUCUAAAAGAGUGCGGGAGCUCUUCAGUGAAGCAAAGAAGCGCGCCCCUUCCAUAAUAUUCAUCGACGAAAUCGAUGCCAUUGCUGGUCCUAGAAAUACAGAAGAUCCAAUGUGGAUGAGGCAUACCCUGAACCAGUUGCUUUCUGAGAUGGAUGGCUUCAAGCAGAAUGAUGGGGUCAUUGUGAUCGCCGCGACCAACUUCAAGGAGUCGCUAGAUAAAGCCCUCGUCAGGCCUGGGCGUUUUGACCGUCAUGUCCUGGUUCCUCUUCCAGAUGUCGAGGGCCGACGGCAGAUCCUCGAGUCUUAUAUCUCAAAGGUGAAAGCCAAGGGUGUGGAUGUGUUGACAAUCGCUACGGGGACACCUGGGCUCUCAGGUGCAGACCUUGCAAACCUGGUGAAUGAGGCCGCCCUCACCGCUGCCAAGGACGGGGCGAAAGCUGUUACGAUGCAUCACCUAGAGUAUGCCAAGGACAGGAUCAUGAUGGGAAGCGAGCGCAAGUCAGCGGUGAUACCUGAUCAUUCCAGGAAGAUGACCGCGUACCAUGAGGGAGGGCACGCUCUUGUUGCUAUCUUCACGGACGGUGCUGACGCUGUCGACAAGGCCACCAUUGUUCCAAGGGUGGGUGCUCUUGGCAUGGUGAUGCAGCUGCCGGGGGAAGAUGCCGAGUUUGAACUCUCGAGGAAGCAGAUGCUGGCGACUCUGGAUGUCAUGAUGGGCGGGCUGGUGGCCGAGGAGCUUAUAGCCGGAGAAGGCGGGGUCACCACUGGUCCCUCAACUGAUCUAAGCGAGGCGACUCAGCUGGCGACCGACAUGGUCACCAAGUAUGGCAUGGGCAAGCGGGUGGGCUUUGUUACCUAUAGCAAUGGCGGUGAUGCUAGCAGUGGCAAGGCGACCAACAUGAGCGAGCGGAUGUCAGAACUGGUUGACGAGGAGGUGAAAGAUUUACUGGACAACGCUUACAAGAACGCCAAAGCGAUUCUCACGGAUCGUAGGAAGGAGCUUGAUGCGCUAGCCAAUGCCCUCCUGAAGGAUGAGACUCUCACUGGUGACCAGAUCAAGAAACUAGUAACAGGAGGUGGAAGUAAAUGGUUUUGACAAUAGUCCUCUGACAGCUAAGAGAUUGAACAGACAGUUUGGUCAUGUCUCUUCUUCUUUUUGGUUCAUUAUUAUAGCUGCAUACACACAAGUGUAAAGCAGAUGUACGAGCAGAAUUUAAUUGACCUUUCCUAGAAUACUCUGAAUUUUGUUUCUUUAUAAGUAAAUACUUGUGCUAUGGAACUUAAACAUGAACUGAAUAGAGUUUCUGUGACUGAGCACAAGGAUGUGUAUAAAUGCAAUCUUCACAGCCC